CGAUCCUGACCGUCCACUUAGAUAGAAGUCCCCCUCCCUCACCCCAUCACUAACAGCACUCCAGUUUCCCUCAGUCUCACCCCCCAUCUCUCUCUCUCUCUCUCACUCUCUCUCUCUCUCCCUCUCUCUGUGUCCUCCUCAUAAAUCUAUUGGUUGUGGUCUCGACUUCACUAUCCAAUGCUUUGCUGAUCAGACUGCAGUUGUAUUUGUGGUAAGUUGGCAGCUGGCGGCUCACGGCAAAAAGGCUUUCCUCUCUCUCCGGCGCUUGGACACUGGAAUUAUGAUCAGAGCUGACCCAGCCUACAUCAUCUUGUCUUGAAUCUGUUUCGCAACCGAGAGAAAAAUUGAACCGACAAUGGAGAUUGGAGUCUGCAUCCUCUUGGCUUUCCUCGUCCCUCAGGUUGCCCGUGUGGGUGGCCAAGAGGAUGGAGCCCACGAGGGCUGUAUACCUGGCUUCCAGGUCAAACGCUACCAGGUGGCAUACAGUGGACCUUUCCAGAAAGGCCAGGCACUUAUACAAGUCGAGUUUGAUGACUGUGCGGGGAACGAGGACGUGAAAUUUAAGGUUUCGGACCCCAACUUCCACGUGGAUGAAGAUCUGAAUCUGGUUCCUCAGCAAGAUGUCCUGUACAGCAGUCCAAUCCUGUUCAUCCACGGGCUCAGUGUGUAUGCCGAUGACAUGGCACAGGUUGAAGUCACUGGAUUGCCGAUUCAGUCACCUCUCAGGAAAAUCCUGGGUUUUGGCCAGACGCUGCCAAACAGAUCUAAGAGGUCCCUUCUCAUCCCUCCUGUGAUCGUUACUGAGAACCAGAGAGCUCCCUUUCCCAGGAUCAUUGGCAGGUCUCAUUUGAUUCCAGCAGAGCAGUCAGGGACCCAUAACUUCCGAAUGACAGGCCCCGGUGCUGACCAGGAUCCCAAAGGUCUCUUCACCAUUGACAUACACACAGGAGACGUGUCAGUCAGCCGCUCACUGGACCGAGAAGCCAUUGACUCUUACCAGCUGGAAGUUUCAACAACAGACUUCAAUGGAAACCUUAUGGAGGGACCGGCCAUGCUAGUGAUCACUGUCAUUGACCAAAAUGACAACCGUCCCAUCUUCAAAGAGACGCGUUACACAGGAGAGGUGCUCGAAGGAUCCCCUACAGGAACCACAGUGAUGACAAUGAUGGCAUUCGACGCGGACGACCCCGCCACUGAUAACGCCGCACUUCGCUACAACAUCGUCAGGCAGUCGCCAGACAAUCCUUCCUCCAAGAUGUUCUACAUUGAUGCAGAACGGGGCGACAUUGUCACCGCCAUCUCCCCUGUGUUACUUGACAGAGAGACACUACCAACCACGACAUAUGAGUUAGAGAUUGUGGCUAAGGACAUGGCAGGAAGUGAGGUGGGCCUAACAGGAACAGCCACAGCCACCAUUACCAUCACAGACAAGAACGACCAUGCCCCUGAGUUCACACAUCCACUGUUUGAAGCAUACGUGGAUGAGGGCUCGACGGGUGUGGUGGUCAACUUGACAGUAGACGACAGAGACGACCCGGCCACAGGAGCUUGGAGAGCUACUUACACAAUACUUAACAAAGAUCUUGCACAGAGCUUUGAGAUCCAAACCAACCCAGAUAAUAAUGAGGGAAUGCUCUCUGUUGUUAAGCCCCUGAACUACGAAGCCAGAGCAGUCCACACGUUACUCAUCCAAGUAGAGAAUGAAGAUCCUCUGGUUUCUGGUGUUGACUACGGCCCGAGCUCCACAGCGACUGUCCAGGUCACAGUCCAGGACAUCAACGAGGGCCCGGUCUUCUUCCCUGACCCCCUGACAGUAAACAGGAUGGAAAACAUUCCUGUGGGCAGCUUUGUGGCCUCACUCAACGCUACAGAUCCAGAUACAUUUCACAAACAGAACAUCAGGUAUGCUGUUCUGCGAGACCCAGCAGGCUGGCUGAGUGUGAACCCAGUCAGAGGAACUGUCAACACUUCGGCCUCACUGGACCGUGAGUCUCCUUAUGUCCAUGACAAUAAAUACACAGCUGUCUUCAUCGCCACAGAUAACGGCAGCCCACCAGCCACAGGUACUGGCACAUUGAUCAUUUACCUGGAAGACUACAAUGACAACGCCCCCUAUGUUGUACCAUCUGUCGCACGAGUGUGCGAAGACGCCCACGACUUGAAUGUGGCCAUAGUUGGUGGGCGGGACAAGGACCUCACACCCAACGCUGCACCAUUUAAGAUAGAACUGGGAAAACAGCCCGGCCUGGAUAAAACAUGGAAGGUUACAAGGGUCAACUCCACACACUCCCGGAUCAUGCUCUUGCACAGUCUGAAGAAAGCCAACUACCAGCUCCCAUUGCUCAUCACUGACUCAGGCGUGCCCCCCUUGUCCAACAGCACAGAGGUCAAAGUUCAGGUGUGCGUCUGUAAGAAGAACAAGAUGCACUGCAGCUCUGCUCACUCCCACCGCGCCAGCCUUCUUGUGCUGCUCGCCACACUCCUGCUCACCCUACUCUGCCUGUAGAUUCUGCUGAAACCUCCCGUAGUCCUUUUUGCAACACUGAAAAGCAACGACUUAUCUCCCUCACGCAACCCAGGCUUAGGAGAGAAGAAGAAGAAGAAGAAGACGAAAAAGAAGAUGAAGAAGUGAGAAGGAGUCUUCUCACCACAACAAAUCAAACAAGAAAUUACACACAAUUCCCCACCGGCACACCUGCUGCUGUAUAACACCACUGCGAUUUUUUUUUUUUUAAAGUUUCUCACUUAUCUCUGUUGCCACUCUCGUCUCCUUCUCUUCAUCUCUACCUUUCCUUGUUGCAUCUGUCCUUCCCCACUCUAGUCUUCUCUCAUCUCAUCUCCUCGUAUUCCCCUGACUCUAUUUGACUCUCUUUGACUUUUUUCUCUAUCUGUACACCUCCCUCUGCACUUCCUCCAUCAUCGAUUAUUACAUUUCUUUUUUGCAGUUCCCAUCAUAUUUCCAAGUAUCUGGCACCGCACCAUUACACUGACAGACACACUGGGUGUUAGCAGCGGCCAUGGCAACAUGCCACAUCCAUAGGAGAUACUUGAAACAAUGUGUAUAUUGAUAUUAUCACAAAACAAAAGCUAUAAAAAAAGUUUCAUAUUAAUCCUCUGGUCUCUACCCUCAGUUCAUCUGAAACCUCCACCCCUUUGCCUCUCAUAGCUACCUCUGUUUUCUUUUUCCCCCUGCCCCAUCCUCCCUUCCUUCACCCUCUUCAUGCAUAGACAUCAGCCGACCUAUCUGCUUCUCCCUCCCCGUUUCCCCUUCUAUCUUAUCGACCUCUCUCUGUCUAUCGGUGGGCCAGGGAACACUGCAAAGGCUGAGCUACUGUCCUGGUCAGGGAAGAGCAUUGACUUUUUGAUGUGUUCCUUUCUUAUCUCGUCACAGACUGUGUUUGAUCUUGUUUCCCCUCUUUAGGCGGAGAGAGCAAACCUUGUUUCUUUGUCUGCAGUGGUUGUGGUCUUUUAGGACAAGGUGGUAGCCAUAAGCCUUCAAAGUCAGAAACUCUCUGGAGUCCUUUCUUCGAUUUGCUUCUGUUUUUAUUGCAUUAGUUGUCAUGGAGUGGAAAACAGUAUAUCUUUAUAGUAACGGUGUAAACCUUAAAAAAAAAAGAAAAAAAAGUACUAUUAUAUAAAUAUUUUAUUUUUUACCAUUGUAUAAAUAUACAGUAUUGAUUAACUUAUGUACUUUGAUUGCAAGUUUUUUGGUCACCCACACAGUGAGUAAACAAAAAAGAGGAAACCUUUUUUUUUUUUCUGUGAAUUUUAGGCACUAUUUCUAAUGCUAUUGAUGUGUUGACUAUUUUACUGUAACAUCUUGUUCUGUUUCAUUUGUUUUUUGUUUUUUUUAUUCUUUUUGAAAUCUGUGAUUAAUUGCAGAAUCAGGAGUCUUGCUUUGAUGACUGCCAUGUGUUUAGGUUCAACUUUGUCUCCAGUCAAUUCUGCCCUCUCCUGUUCUCUCUCCAUCUGUCAUUACAAGUCACAAGAAGACGUGUGUACGAAGAAAAACAAAAGGCUGUGGUUUUUGGUGGAUAGUUUCGCUUUUUUCUCUUGCGCUCAUCAAAAGAACGUAGUGUGUGUGGGUUUGUGUGGAAGACCACCUUAAAGAAAAAGAUGACAUUUUGAAUGAGUUAUGUCUGUCUUUUGCACUAAUUUAAUAAAGCCGUUACUGAAAAUUCC